GCACACGGGCUUCAUAACAGAGCAGUCAGUGGGAACACUUGAACGCACGGAGGGGGAGGAGGGCUGCGAGAGAAAACAAACUGAGAAAAUUGUUCGCCUGAAACGAAAGUACCGAUACCAAGUGGCAUUCGGUCCCCACCGUUACUCGUUUUCGGAGUGAUCGGCGCGAUUGUGAUGUAGUUUUGUCGACUUCACGCUGAGGUGUCGCUCCAUUCCAAGCAUCCGGUAAAAAUAAUAUAAGUGUCUGUGGGGCUACUGUACGGACGGCCAGUGCAUAACUGUUCUGAUGUGUCAAUAAGUUUGAGGCUGGAAUGAGAAGGCCCUGGCGUUUCGACUGGAUUUCAGGGGUCAUCUUCAUCGCAUGAUACAGCCUGACUGACAGAUCCAUCCUCAUCUUUCAAAUACCGUAUUUCCAUAUUCUGUGGCUCUGGUCAGCAGCAGUAUGAAGGGUGGAGGUGGAGGGAAAGAACCUCCGGUGGAGGGAGAGGUCAGCGGAAAGCGGCCCAAACGCAAGUGUCUGCAGUGGCACCCACUGCUGGCCAAGAAAGCCCCAGACUUCUCUGAGGAAGAGGAGGAGGAAGAUGAAGAAGAGCUGGAGAAGGAGCCAGUGUUAUGUGCAGAGAGCAGAGCUCAGGAGGGAGAGUGUGGCGGGAUGGAAGAUGACAGUGAAGAAUACUCCUCUGAGCAGCGGGCUCGCCGGCCCAUGAACGCCUUUCUGCUGUUCUGCAAACGCCACCGCUCGCUGGUCCGACAGGAGCAUCCGCGACAAGACAACCGGGGGGCCACUAAGAUCCUGGCAGACUGGUGGGCCGUACUGGACCCCAAAGAAAAACAGAAAUACACAGACAUGGCUAAGGAGUACAAGGAUGCGUUCAUGAAAGCUAACCCUGGUUACAAAUGGUGUCCUGCUACCAAUAAGCCGGUAAAAAGUCCCUCCCACUCUGUGAGUAACGCCCGCAAGAAGGUCUGGUCUCUUCCCUCCAACCCUAGUAAGGAUCCUUCAGUUGCCAAAAAACAGGCCAAAACUGACAGCACACCUCAGCUCAACUUCGCCAUGGCAGAUCCCAAUAAGAUGGGGGGCCUAAGCAUGCUGCUGUUAGCUGGGGAGCAUGCACUGACCGCCAGAGAGAUUUCCUCCAGCUCUUCCCAGACAGGAUGCACAGAUGUUGCUAAGCACACUGGGAAAUCAGCCCUUUUCCAGCUGGCUGAGAUUUCUUCCAGUCCAGCGCAGCCUGCUGGAGGAAGUAAGAACGCUGAGGACACAAGCUCUCUCACACAUGUAGAGGCCUCUGGACCAUCCCAGCCAAGCUCACCAGACCUGCCCAAAAGUUGUGUUAAAUCACCCCUGUUUCAGCUGGCUGAGCAGAUCUCCUCCAGUAGGUCUCAGUCAGCGUCUGAGGGGAGGCAGUGCGGCCAGUCAGCUCUAUUCCAGCUCGCUGAGAUGUGUUUGGCCUCUGAGGCUGAGAAAAUGGAAGCUCGAUCCUCCCAGCCCUCUGGCGGUUCCUCCUCUCUCUGUGCUCAGCACAGCUCAAUUAGCACAGCCAUCCCAGACCAUGAAGAGCAGGGGGACGCUCCCGAACUUCCUCUUACCACAUCGUCAUCCUCUACCUCUGGCUCCACCUCAUCCUCCCCUACCGACACCAGCCCAUCUGACAUCAGCCCUUGUAAGAUGCUGAAGAAGAAGAAAAAGAAGAAAGAAAAUAAAGAAUCUGAUGAAAAUCCUGCAUCGCCCAAAAAGGCGAAGAAGCGCCAGUCAUCCGAGUCAGACCUGGACAGCGUGAUGUUCACCAUUGAAGCAGUCGCAAAAGGUGCUUGGGGCUCAGAAGAGACGCCCAGGAAGAAAGCUUGUCCCUCAGAGAGUGAAAGCAGCCCCACUGCGGACCAAUCUCCAGCUGUGAAGAAGAAGAAGUCUAAACCGAAAAAACAGCUCAAGUUAAAAGACGACGCCACGGAAGAAGAGGAAGAAGGGGACGAAGAAGCUAAUAAUAAGCCACAGGAUGUAGAGAUGAAAUCUGAGGAAGCUCCUUUGACCCCUAAAGCUGAGUGUGAGAGUGAACCAGACCUGAAAGUGGAGCCCCCUAGUGGCGUGGAGGACAUGGAACCACACUGCUCUCCUCUGCAGCCAACAGAACUGGAGGAGAAAGACACAGACACCAAACCACCUCAAACCAGACAGGAAGAUAAAGACCUGGAGGUUAAGCCAGAGAACUGUGGGUCCAGGAAGUCUGAGCGAAGCUGUAAAGGAGCACUUUAUAAGACUCUAGUGUCCGAAGGGAUGCUCACAUCACUGAGAGCAAAUGUAGACAGAGGGAAAAGAGGUUCCAUUCGAGGCAGUGUGUCCGAUCAUGAGGGCGGCUGGAAUGAUGAAAGCUGGGGAUUUGCUCAAGCUGCUACCAGCAACCCAAAAAAGCUCAAGAAGUCCAAGUCUAAGGAGGAAACCACCCCGGGACUAGGAAAGCUUGAGGAGGAGUUCGAGAAAAAGUUCAACAGCUUACCGCAG